GCAGGCGGCUCGCCUUUCGCCUUCGGAUACGUUUUUCUUUGCGUCUGUAUUCCGGUGUACUACACAGUGGCCCAGUAUGGCACAGUGAACGUGACCCGAGAUCCCAUUGCACGCUUCGUGACAAUAUCAAAGACCACGCUACUCGCAUUUUAGCUCCGCGCGUGAAAGAGCAAGCUUGCUAUGCAGCGAUUCGCACCGAUGGCCAGGUAAUGGUGGCCAGGGAGUCGCUACGUCGUAUCCGUCCCUAUCUGUGCCGAUGGAGUGGGGCACACCAAAAUCUGAUUUUUGCCAGCAAGGCGCAAGAGGACACUCCGCUUAAAGCUACGAUGUCGCAAGGCUGCUGGGGCUGGUUCCUGCGCAACGUGCUGCGCCAAGACGGUGAAUAUGUCCCCAUCAAUAGCCGUGUGAUCCACGUGACGUCGCAGCACCGGUUUAAGGAGUUCAUGGAGACGAGCAAGCGCUCCGUGGUCGUGGAUUUCUCGGCCUCGUGGUGCGGGCCAUGUCGACACAUUAGCCCUGCGUUCCACGAGCUCAGCGCCAAGUAUCCAAGCACGAUCUUCCUCAAAGUGGACGUGGACGAGCUCAAGUCCGUGGCCAAGAGCUGUGGCGUGGUGAGCAUGCCGACGUUCCAGUUCUUCCGUGGCGGCGUCAAGUGCGACGAGAUGCGCGGCACCGACAGGAACGAGCUGGAGGCGCGUAUACUGAAACACUAUGUGGAAGAGGAGGGCGAGAGUGUCGGUGACAAUGGCAAGCUGCCCAAAGGUUUGCGGCAGCGCAAGCCUCAUGUGGUGACAGUGACGUCGGACAAGCAGUGGCAACAGCUUCUGCAGCAGAACCGGGAGUCCAACAAGGCGGUGCGUGCAAUUAUUACCUGUAGUGGCGGAUACUUAGAUACCUUGAACCGAUAUUUCGGUUACAGAUACUUUUUGCGAUGCGGUAUUUUAGUUUCUGACGAUAUUUCAUGUUCUGGCAGUUGGUGGUGGACUUUUGGGCCACGUGGUGCAAGCCGUGCGUGGAGAUCGCUCCGUUCUUCGAGGAAUUGAGCUGUCGGUUCCCCGCAGCUGUGUUCGUGCGUGUGGACGUCGAUGAGGUCGAGGUAAGACAUUAUUGUCCUUCUGGCCUGGAUGGCAACUGGUGUCGAGGCAAAUUAGUCCGCAUCGUGUCUCUGUGGCACAUGGCUACGUUUUUUUUUUUUUUGCAGGAAUGAUGGUAUUUGUGGGCUAAUCGAGAUGACGUGAUACUUGUUACGGUUGCAGAGUCUGACCGAUGAGUUCGACGUGUCCUCGCUGCCCUGCUUUAAGGUGUUCAAGGGCGGCGAGGCGGUGGACGAGCUGAGCGGAGCGAUCCGCGGCGCGCUGGAGGGAAUGGUGGCCAGACACUACGGCGCUGCCACGGCGGCCGCGAGUUGCUGAUCUCGAGGUCAGUGGCCACUGCGCAAGGCGACGAGAACCACCCGACUGACUGAAGCGAUGUCUCAUAUAUUACUGCAACUCAAGCAAUCCCCAUUCACUUUUUUCAUUGUCUUCAACAUGCACAUUUUAGCCCGCGCGGCGAUGGGCCGAAGCCAGCCAGCCACUGGAAAAGUGGCCAUGAUGGCACGAUGUCCGAUUUCGUGCCAUCAUCGCACGUUGACGAGCACUUUUGCCGACAUGGCUGCGCCUUUGCAGGCAGCAUUCAAGUCAAGGGGAGGUGUCGCUGAUUCGCCCGAUUUGCAUGUGCCUGCUCAAACGAGCAGACACUCCGGUAAAGCCCGGACAGGACUGUUGGUGCUCUACACGGAGUUUAUGACACGUUGCUCUACGUUUUCGCAGUGGGGUAAUCAACGGUAGGGCGCGCGUCGAUAAUCAUCAUCAAAUGCUCAUUUUGAAGCGCACUAGGUUGCCCAUUUCUGACUAAAUCGGAGACGACGUACUUGCAUAAUACCCUCACGAGUCGUAUCCUAUGAGGUACACGCCCAACUAGUGUUAGCCUUACGUUUCUUUUUUCACUUCCACAUUAUUGUUGGCUUGCCAUUACGGGCUGUACGGUAUUACCAUCUUGCUUACAUACAGAUAGACAAAACGUAAUACAGACGGCGU